AUGAGGAAGACCAUUCCCCAGCAGGACCAGCGCUGGAUUGCGUCCACGCUGUGGAGGAACCAGCGGCUGCGCCCGGACGUCCAGCUCUGGUAUGAGCCACCGGUUCCUGCCCUCAUACACAAUCAGGUCCCGUCACCAGACCGCUUUUUUAUGCACCGGCUCCUGGUGUGGAUGCCCUACCACCUGUGGAAGGUGAGGCUGUCCUGCCCCCAGUGCAAGGGGCAGCUCACCGGGGCCGGCAUCCACAAGAGGGCACGGAAGGUCCUGGAUGUGGACAGGUACUACCUGAUGGUGACGGAGACCCUCAGGUGCAACUCCUCCGGUUGCGUAUCAAAUUACCUGUCCACGAUCCAGACUGUCCUGGACCAGCUGAGCUUGGCUCUCCGCGGGGAGUUCCGCCUCAUCCUGACCCGCAAGUAUGCGUGUGACAUCCGUGUCAUCCGGAUGCUACGGGAGAGGACCCUCGGCAACAGCUCCACACGCCUGGCCAAACAGCUGCGGGAGAACCACGGCGAGGAGUGGCUGCAGCGGUUGGCCCGCUACAUGGAGCUGGCCAAUGACCGGUCUCUUCCCUGUGGUCUGUCAGAGGCCCCCCGAGCCUAUCGCUGUCCCGACCAACAGGUGGCUCCUGACGGUGUACGGGAAGGACUUGAUGAGCCGUAUGGGUCACAUCAAGGCCAGCAUUACCUCCACCUUUGGCUCCAUUUUAAAAAUGGAUUCCACAAAGAAGGUAAAAAGGACAUCAACAACAAUGCUUCAACAAUAUAUGAAAUGGGUUUUCUCAUAACACCAUAUCCCAGCUUGGGAGCCAUUUAAGUUAUAGUCACAAAUGUGUCAAUGUUUAUUUGAUGUGCAUUUUUGCGUGUGUAAAUGCCUCUUUUAUAUGUUUAUUCCUAGAUAUAUAUUUUGCUUCUGUUUUGUUCUUAUUCUAAUUUCUAU